AUGGUUGGCUUAACUGCAGAAGAAGAAAGAUUGAAAGACAUUAAAUAUAGACAAUGGGGUCCAUAUGUAUCUGAAAGAUCUUGGGGAACUGUUAGAGAAGAUUAUAGUGUUGAUGGUAAUGCAUGGGACGCAUUUAAAUUCGAAGAUUAUGCAAGAGUAACACGUUGGUCACAAGAUGGAUUAGCAGGUGUUUCAGAUCGUCGUCAAUUGGUUAAUAUUACUAUGGCAUUAUGGAAUGGGAAAGAUCCAAUUUUAAAAGAAAAAUUAUAUGGAUUAACUAAUAAUCAAGGAAAUCACGGAGAAGAUGUUAAAGAAUUAUAUUAUUAUCUUGAUAACACACCAUCUCAUUCAUAUAUGAAAUAUUUAUACAAGUACCCACAAAAUGAAUUUCCUUACGAACAAUUGAAAUCAGAAAAUGCUAGUAGGUCAAGAUUAGAAAAAGAAUAUGAAAUCACAGAUACAGGAUUAUUUGACAAUAAUGAAUAUUUUGAUGUUGUAUUUGAAAGUGCAAAGGAUUCAGCAGAUGAUUUAUAUUUCAGGAUUACUGCCUAUAAUAGAAGUGAUAAACCUGCUCCGUUACAUAUUUUACCAAAUGUUGUUUUAAGAAAUACUUGGACUUGGGGGACAGAAGAAGAUAAGAAUCAGUUAAAACCUCAAGUAAGACAAAUUAAUGAUUAUACAAUUGAAGUUGAAACUGAAAAAUUCGGUAAAAGGUAUUUAUCUUUUGCACCAUCACCAGGUGAAACUGAUCAAUCACCAGAUGUAGAACCACAAUUAAUUUUUUCAGAUAAUGAAACUAAUACUAAAAAACUAUAUGGACAAGAGAAUAAAACUAAAUACGUGAAAGAUGCAUUCCAUGAGAUUGUUGUUCAUGAUAAUAAAGAGGCUGUAAAUCCUGAUAACGAAGGUACUCAAGCUGCUGCUUGGUAUAUUUUCAAUGAAAAUGGAGGAGUUCCACCUGGAGAUUAUGUAACAAUUCGUUAUAAAUUUACUAAAGAAAAUACUGAAGUUGAUGAAUAUAAACUAGAUCAAAUUUUUGCAAAACGUCAAAAUGAAGCAGAUCAAUUUUAUUGGAAAGUAUCUCCAUUACCUAUAAGUGAUGAAUUAAGACAAAUUCAAAGAUAUGCAUUUGCUGGAUUAUUAUGGUCAAAACAAUUUUAUUAUUUUGUUCAUAAUUAUUGGGCUUAUGGUGAUCCAAAUACUAUGAAACCACCAGUAAAUAGAGCAAAUGGUAGAAAUAAAGAGUGGAGUCAUUUAUAUGUUGAUGAUAUUUUAUCAUUACCUGACAAAUGGGAGUAUCCAUUUUUUGCAGCUUGGGAUACUGCAUUUCAUUGUAUUCCUUUUGCAAUGAUUGAUCCAUGGUUUGCAAAAAAUCAAAUUGAUUUAUUAUUAAGAGAAUGGUAUAUGCAUCCAAAUGGUCAAAUCCCAGCUUAUGAAUGGAAUUUUAGUGAUGUAAAUCCACCAGUACAUGCAUGGGCAGCUUAUAGAAUUUUUAAAAUAGAAAGAAAAAUGUAUGGACAUGAAGAUAUAGAUUUCUUAGAAAGAGUUUUUCAAAAAUUAAUGUUAAAUUUUGCUUGGUGGGUUAAUAGAAAAGAUGCUGAAGGUCAUAAUGUUUUUGAAGGUGGAUUUUUAGGAUUAGAUAAUAUUGGUGUUUUUAAUAGAUCAGAAGCAUUACCAACUGGAGGUAAUUUGGAACAAGCCGAUUCUACUGGUUGGAUGGCUUUUUUCUCAUUACAAAUGUUAAAUAUUGCUUUAGAAUUAGCUAAAACUAGACCUGUUUAUGAAAAUAUUGCAUCAAAAUUUUUUGAACAUUUUGUUAUAAUUGCAGAUGCUAUGACAUUUAGAGGUGCAGAAGUUGAAAAUGAAGGAAGUGCUAAGAAUUCACUUUGGGAUGAAAAAGAUCAAUUUUAUUACGAUGCCAUUAGAUAUGGAGAACAUCAUACUCAAUCAUUACCUGUAAGAUCAUUAGUUGGUUUAAUUCCAUUAUAUGCAUCAUUAACAUUAGAACCAGAAUUAUUAGAUAGAUUUCCAUCAUUUAAAAAACGUUUGAAUUGGUUUGUCGAACAUAGAAGAGAUAUUGCUGAGAGAAAUAUUGCAUCAAUGGAAACAAGAGGUGUUGGUGAAAGAUUAUUAUUAUCAUUAGUUUCAAAAGAAAGAUUAAUUGCUAUUUUACAUAGAAUGUUGAAUGAAGAUGAAUUUUUAUCACCAUAUGGUAUCAGAUCUUUAUCUAAAUAUCAUAAAGAUCAUCCAUUUGAAAUGCAAGUGAAUGGUGAAAAUUUCAAAGUUGAAUAUUUACCAGGUGAAUCAGAUUCUGGAAUGUUUGGUGGUAAUUCAAAUUGGAGAGGUCCAAUUUGGUUCCCAACUAACUUUUUAUUAGUUGAAGCUUUACAAAGGUUUUAUUUAUAUUAUGGACCAGAUUUAAAAGUUGAAUGUCCAGUUGGUUCUGGUGAAUAUCUUAAUUUAGCUCAAUGUGCUCAAGAAAUUCAACAUCGUUUGAUACAUUUAUUUUUACCAGAUGAAGCAGGUAAUAGAGCUUGUAAUGGUGAUAAUGAAAAAACAAAUAAAGAUCCAUUUUUCAAAGAAUAUGUACCAUUUUAUGAAUAUUUUGAUGGUGAUACUGGUAGAGGUUUAGGAGCUUCUCAUCAAUGUGGAUGGACUGCUGUUGUUGCUAAAUGGAUUCAUGAUAAUGGUGUUACUUGUAGAAUUCCAAAAACUCCAAGAACUCCAUUACAAAGAAAAAAAUCAUCAUGUUAUCUUCAUGAUAGUUUAGAUACAAGAGAUGAAGUUUCUAAAUUCAAACCAAAAUCAGGUCCAUUUUCAGGUAAAUUGGUAAGAAGAAAAUCAGGUAAAUCAUUAUUAAACUUAACAGUAAAUGCAUUAGAUCUUGCUGAUGAUGAAGAAGAUGCUUCAGCAAAAGCUAGUGCAGCAAUCAAUUUAGUUGGAUUAGAUCAUGGUGUAAAUGUUACUGAUGAAAUUUUAAAACAAGAGUUAACUGAGUUACAAAAGACUCAAUCAGGUGCAUCAGUUGAUUCAGAAUUCGAAGUGGAUGAUGAAUUUUUAGAUCAAGUUAAGGCAGCCUUUAAGAAGUAUAAAUCAAGAACAGAAGAUGAUUAUGGUGAUGAAUAUGAAACAAGGUUAAAUGAUAAUUAA